UCUGAGAACGCCUCUCUCUCUCUCCCUCUCCCUCUUAACAUGUUUCUCUCUCCGCAACAUCGUUCCUGGUGUUAGCGUUAAAAUACUCUUCUUUCUCUCUCCACUGAGGUGCUGGCGCUCCAGUGAAUAUACUGUACUGGUUUUGCCUUUUACUGGUGCGGCCUCUCCUCACUCUUUGUCUUGCUUCUAUUGACUAGAUUCUUCCUUUACUCACCACAUGGAGCCAUUCUUCAGUACCCACCUCCAAAUCUUUGGUUCCUAUCACUGCCACCACCCACUCCCUCUCUCUACACACCAAGUUUUUUGUGGUUGCUUUUGAGAGUAUAGUAGAAAGAUAUUAACUAUAGAAAGAGAAAGCCUCUCUCUCUCAUAGGUGGUUUAUCAUUUUUGAGAAUGCAUUGAGGGAGGCAAUACUACUAAGUUCUAACAGUAAGACAGAGAAAAAUCCUCAUUUCAAAGUUUUCAUUGAGGCUUGUGUGUGUUGUGGGUUGCAUUGUUUUUAAGUAUUAACUGUGAUGUAAUCCAAGGAGCUUUUGAUUUGGAAGGAAGGGAGUAAAUAUCGUUGCUUUUAUUUUUGUGGGGCUUUGUAGAGAAGUUGCAGGUUUGUGUUACUGUGUUCCUUGUUUCUUUUGUAGAGUUUUAUGAGACUUUAUUUGUUAGGGGGACCGCUUUGUUUUGUUCAGUUUAUUGUAUUUUAUUUGGAUCGUUUUGAAUAUAAUUCUUAUUUUCUGGUGUCUUUCUAAUAAAUAACUUAUAGCCAUGAAAACUAUGCCAGUGUUUUGUUUUAGGUCUUGUCUUUUCCCUUUCCCCCUUCCUUUUUUUUUUAAUAUUGGAGAAGCUCAUAUUGUGAUGUUUUUUAGUAUUUCCUGUAACUGCAGAGUUUUUUAUUGGCUCUUUGCUGUGGAACCUUCACCAAGUCCUACUAUUAGAUUUCACCGAGUCUUAUUUUAUAUUUCUUUAAUUUCAAUUGGAGAAUAUGUAACUAGCUUUAUUUAUUUAUUUCCUUUUUUUUCACUAAAAUGUGAGUUUUUCUUAUUUGGGAAGAUUUUCUGGAUUUCAGGUUGGUUGUUUUCGACUUUAGAGAAUUGCAAUUAUGGAUCAUAUAUUUUGGGUCUUGCACCAAUUCCUUGAUGUUGGUUAAUCUGUAUUUCUUAUAAAUUGGGCAGUCUUAACAUUGCAACCCCAUGCUUUCAUGGUCUAAAUUCUGUUAAAAGACUCACCUCUUUGAGAGUCUGUGUUUGGGUUUUCCCUGCGAAAUUAUUAUAUGGUUUUCCCUCUUCUCCAGGCCUAUCCCUCUGAAUUCCUGAUUCAUUAUUGUCAAUUCUAUUAAGGAGUCUGCAAAUAAACGGAGUUUAUAAUUAUUAUUAUUUUAUUGCAGUGAAGAAAGUAUUCAUAAAUAUUGGGGAAGCUCAAAAAUAUUAUUCCCAUAAACUAGAUGAAAACAAGACAAUCUCAUGCUUUAUCGUUCUAAAUUCUAUCAAAAUGUACCUGUUUCAUGCUGAGACUGUGAAUUGUUUCGUUGUGAAUAUCAAAAUCAUGAUAUGAAAUUUAUUUGUUUCUGAUGUUGGUUUGUAGAUCUUAGAUUAUUGUUCAGAUAAUGUCCCAAAUUUAUAAUGUAAGCUUGUUACUUAUCUGAUUUUGGAUUGUAGUUUCUUUUAGAUAUUCUUCAGAUACAAUUUUAGAUAUUAUGAUGUGAAACUCAUCUUUUGUAAUAAUGUGUUAUUGCGUCUUUUCAGAUAUUGUAUCAAGUUCAUAUUACGAAAUUUGCAUCUUUUCUGAUCUCAAGUUUUUGUAGGCUCUUUUCAAAAAGAUUAGGGAUCAUUUUUUUCUAAGUUUCGGAAAAGAUUUGGAUACCUAUAGGUCAAUGGAAUUGGGGAGGCACCAUUCGGGGUCAAUGCAAUCUGAAGAAUCAGCACUCGAUUUAGAACGCAACCUUUGCCAUCAUAAUUCGAGGAGCCCAACACACCUCGAGGCCUUUGCUUCAGGGGGGCCUCACUCUGAGAGCAAUGCAGCCUACUUCUUAUGGCCUGCAUCAACUCGGUUGAAUGACUCAGCUGAGGAUCGAGCAAAUUAUUUCAUAAACCUUCGAAAGGAUGCCUUCCAUGAAACUGUUGACCACCUUCCAAGUGGACAACGAGCUACCACAUUGCUUGAGUUGAUGACAAUUAGAGCUUUUCAUAGCAAGAUUUUGAGGCGUUACAGCCUUGGAACAGCAGUUGGGUUUCGCAUCAGGAGGGGGUUAUUGACUGAUAUACCAGCUAUCAUUGUCUUUGUUGCUCGAAAGGUGCAUCACCAGUGGCUAAGCCAUGUUCAAUGCUUGCCUUUGGCUCUCGAGGGACCAGGAGGUGUAUGGUGUGAUGUGGAUGUUGUGGAGUUCUCCUAUUACGGUGCACCCGCUGCACUACCCAAAGAGCAAAUAUACUCUGAGCUUGUGGAUGGUUUGAGAGGAAGUGACCCUUGCAUUGGUUCUGGUUCCCAGGUCGCAAGUCAAGAGACAUAUGGUACUUUGGGUGCCAUCGUCAAAAGCCGAACAGGAAGUCAACAAGUUGGUUUCCUCACAAAUCGACACGUCGCAGUGGACUUAGACUAUCCUAACCAGAAGAUGUUUCACCCUUUACCACCCAACCUUGGGCCAGGGAUUUAUUUAGGUGCAGUGGAGAGGGCAACUUCAUUCAUCACAGAUGAUGUUUGGUAUGAUAUCUUUGCAGGAACCAACCCAGAGACAUUCGUUAGGGCCGACGGGGCAUUCAUUCCUUUUGCUGAUAGUUUUGAUAUAACCAACGUGACCACUUCAGUGAAAGGCGUAGGAACCAUUGGGGAUGUAAUGGUGGUGGACUUACAGGCUCAUGUUGACACCCUUGUGGGGAAGCAUGUGGUGAAGGUGGGGAGGAGCUCUGGUUUGACAACUGGUACAAUAAUGGCCUAUGCCCUUGAAUACAAUGAUGAGAGAGGAAUUUGCUUCUUUACUGAUUUUCUUGUUGUUGGAGAGAAUAAACAAGCUUUUGAUUUGGAAGGGGAUAGUGGAAGUCUAAUUCUCAUGACCAUGGAUAACGACGAGAAGCCAAGACCCAUAGGAAUCAUAUGGGGUGGGACUGCUAAUCGAGGGAGGUUAAAGCUGAAACAUGGCUCGGAUCCCGAGAAUUGGACAAGUGGGGUUGACCUUGGGCGCCUUCUUGAUCAACUAGAACUCGAUCUAAUAACAACCAGUGAAGGACUCCAAGAAGCCAUCCAUGAGCAUCGACGAAGUGCAUCAGCUGUGGCCGGUGGCUCCACUGUAGGGGAGUCCUCACCACGAGCACACACCACAGAAGGCAUAUUGCCAAAGGAAAAAACAGAAGGCCAAUAUGAACCCUUGGGCAUAACUAUUCAAAAUUUCCCUUAUGGAGGUGGGUCAACACCUGAACCAGACUCCUUGUUCAAGAAUCCAGACCAUGUAGGGCCACAUAACCCUGUGACCAGUGUGGAGCAUCAGUUCAUCCCAAGCUUCCAGAGCCUGUCACCAAAGCUUCUAAAUGAUGAGAGAAACAAGGAAAUAGAGAAUCUUUCUGCAUUGAAGGAUUUGUCGAGUGAAGACAUAAGCAUUGGGCUACACUUGGGAGAGAGAGGGCUCAAGAGUAAAGACAAAAGAAUAGGGUUGCACACGGGAGAGAGAGAACUCCAGUGUGAAGACAUGGGCAUUGGGUUACAGCUAGGAGAGAGAGAAACAAAGAGAGUGCGUUCUGAUUUAGCUGUUCAUUCUGAAGAAUCCAAGUGAGCUGCACAGUUGGAUGAAAAGCAUACAAAGUAACUGAUUCUCUGGGUUUUCAACAGAUCUAAGGUAGAGGGAAUCAUUGGAGUGGAAGUCCAUGUGUGCGUGUGUGUGUGAGAGAGAGCGAGAGAGAGAGAAGGCAGCAGGCCAUUGUGAACCCCACUCCUAUUUGAAGUUUUGAGCUAUGCCGAGAGUUUGAAAAGUGAAAUUCACUGUGCAUUGAGGCUAUGUCUUGAAACCUUCAAUCAGUUCAGAAUUGCAUAUCAGGUUUAGAUGAUUUUAGGCGCAUAUAUUGCGUCAUUUGAUAAUGUCUGUUGGCCGUUGUAUGAAAGGGAAGGUACGUUUGUGGGAGGGCCUUUUUGGGAGGGCACAAAGGCCUUUGUGGAGGGCCCUUUAUGUACUCUCCAGUGCAGAAGAAUGUGUUCAUUUGUUUUAAAUUCUAUGAAGGAUACAGCCUUCUUAAAAGUUGAAAGGUUCUAUUAUAUAUGAGCAAGUGCCAAUAAAUACCACAGGUCGUCCAGUGUCUUUUCUAACC